UUUUACACUUACUUCAUGGCUAAAAGCAAUCACUCAGUAGUGUCAGAGUUUAUCCUCUUGGGGCUUACAGAUAAUACAGAGCUUGAAGCCAUUCUCUUUGGUGUAUUCCUAGUAAUCUAUUUAGCUAGUGUCAUUGGUAAUCUCGGCUUGAUUGUGUUAAUCCAAAUCAGUCCUCAGCUUCACACGCCCAUGUAUUUUUUCCUCAGCCAUCUGGCUUUUGUUGAUUUUUGUUAUACCUCCUCUGUCACCCCAAACACUCUGGUGAAUUUUUUGCGUGAAGUUAAAAGUAUAAUGUUUUAUGCUUGUGCUAUUCAGGUAUGCUGUUUCAUAACAUUUGUUGUUUGUGAAAUGUAUCUGCUCUCAAUCAUGGCAUAUGAUAGGUACGUUGCCAUCUGCAACCCUUUGCUUUAUGUCAUUCUCAUGCCUAAGACACUCUGUACUCAAAUGGUUGCUAGCACAUACAUGUAUGGAUUCACCGUGGGUCUUGCACAGACCGCGGUGACAUUCAAUUUGUCCUUUUGUGGCUUCAAUGUGGUCAACCACUUCUACUGUGAUGAUGUUCCCUUAGUCGCUCUGGCCUGUUCCGACACUCACAUCAAAGAGUUGAUGCUGUUAAUCAUUGCUGGGUUCAAUACUCUUUGCUCUCUGGUGAUUGUGAUAAUUUCUUAUGUCUUCAUCCUUUUCGCCAUCCUGAGGAUUCAUUCUGCAGAAGGAAGACAGAAAGCGUUUUCUACAUGUGCUUCCCACCUGGUCUCCAUUACAAUAUUUUAUGGUACAAUAAUUUUUAUGUAUCUGCAGCCCAAGUCAAGCCAUUCUCUGAACACAGAUAAGUUUGCUUCUGUGUUUUAUGUAGUAGUGAUUCCCAUGUUGAAUCCAUUGAUUUACAGCUUGAGAAACCAGGAGGUUAAAAAUGCACUAAAGAGAAUUACUGAAAAGUUGUGUUUGGCUGUCAAAUAA